GAUUAUAGGCUACAACGGCUUGCCUUAAAACUUGACUGUACAGAACACAAACGCCAAGCGUGCUCGAACGCGUGCGCACAACAGGUAAACGUCACAGCUCGCAGAGAGAGAGAGGGAGAGAGAGGGAGUCAGAGUGAAAAAAGGAACGGAAGGAAAGAGAGAAAGUUUCGUCGAGUUGCGGCGGAAAAGAGCCCGUGCUGAGUUAGCAGGACGAGGGGAUCCUUUAACUCAUCACCAUGGCUCCUUUCUUGCGGAUCGCCUUUAAUUCGUACGACCUGGGCACCCUGCCUCCCUCCGCUGACCCACCCUUCUGUGCUAUCAAGAUGAAGGAAGCUUUAACAACUGAACGAGGCAAGACUCUGGUUCAGAGAAAACCCACCAUGUACCCAGCUUGGAAAGCCAGUUUUGACGCACACAUCUACGAGGGUCGUGUACUUGAGGUACUGCUGAUGAAGACGGCAGAGGAGCCGCUGGCCGAGGUCAGCGUUGGAGUGUCGGUCCUUGCUGAACGCUGCAAAAAAGCCAAUGGACGUGCUGAGUUCUGGGUGGAUCUCCUUCCUUCAGGGAAAGUGAUGAUGGCAGUGCAGUACUUUCUGGAGGGUGUGGAUACAGAGAGUAAGCAUGCUUCAAAGGAGGAGGAAGUUCCUACCCUAAACCGUAGACGAGGAGCCAUUAAACAGGCAAAGAUCCACUUCAUAAAGAACCACGAGUUCAUUGCCACGUUCUUCAGACAGCCCACUUUCUGCUCUGUGUGCAGAGAAUUCGUCUGGGGGCUCAACAAACAAGGCUAUAAAUGUAGACAAUGCAACGCAGCCAUCCACAAGAAGUGCAUAGACAAGAUCAUAGGCAGAUGUACCGGCACCGCUGCCAACAGUCGGGACACUGUGUUCCAGAAGGAGCGGUUUAAAAUCGACAUGCCGCACCGUUUCAAGACCUACAACUACAUGAGCCCCACCUUCUGUGACCACUGUGGCAGUCUGCUGUGGGGUCUGGUCAAACAAGGCCUCAAGUGUGAAGAUUGUGCGAUGAACGUCCAUCACAAGUGUCAGGAUAAAGUAGCCAACCUUUGUGGUAUCAACCAGAAACUACUUGCUGAAGCACUAACACAAGUCAGCCAGAAAUCGUCGACGCGCCGCUCAGAUCCUAACCUGCCUGACAUCGGAAUAUACGAUGAAGUAAACAAGCUCGCUGGGCUUGACAUCUCUGAAGGGUCUCCCUACGGCAAACUGUGGGAAGGCUCCACUCAGCGACCACAGUCUCGUAUUACCCAUCUGACUCGUGUCAAUGUGGACCACUUCAUCUUCCACAAGGUGCUCGGAAAAGGCAGCUUUGGCAAGGUUCUCCUGGCAGAGCUCAAGGGUCAAGGAGAGUAUUUUGCAGUCAAGGCUCUAAAAAAAGAUGUUGUGCUGAUGGAUGAUGAUGUGGAGUGCACCAUGAUAGAGAAGAGGGUCUUAGCCUUAGCCUGGGAAAACCCCUUCCUCACCCAUCUUUACUCCACCUUCCAGACAAAGGAGCAUCUGUUCUUCGUGAUGGAGUAUUUGAAUGGAGGGGAUUUGAUGUUCCAUAUUCAGGAGAAAGGACGCUUUGAACUUUACAGAGCCACGUUCUACUCCGCUGAGAUCAUUUGUGGUCUUCGGUUCUUACAUUCCAAAGGAAUCAUCUACAGAGAUCUGAAGUUAGACAAUGUGAUGCUGGAUUAUGAGGGCCACAUAAAGAUCGCUGACUUUGGGAUGUGCAAGGAGAACGUGUUUGGAGAGAAUCGCGCCACGACGUUUUGUGGUACUCCUGACUACAUCGCUCCCGAGAUUCUGCUGGGUCAGAAAUAUUCGUUCUCAGUUGACUGGUGGUCGUUUGGGGUCCUGCUGUAUGAGAUGCUGGUUGGCCAGUCGCCUUUUCACGGAGAUGACGAGGACGAGCUGUUUGAGUCCAUCCGCAUGGACACGCCUCACUAUCCCCGCUGGAUCAACAAGGAGGCCAAAAGCUUGCUCGAGCGGCUGUUUGAGAGAGACCCCACACGCAGGCUAGGAGUCGUUGGUGACAUCACCACACAGCCUUUCUUUAGGACCAUCGACUGGCAGGCGCUGGAGAGGAAAGAGGUUGAACCACCCUUCAAACCCAAAGUGAAAGCACCAAAUGACUGCAGCAACUUUGAUCGGGAGUUCCUCAACGAGAAGCCACGGCUUUCUUACAGCGAUAAGAACUUCAUAGAUUCCAUGGACCAGUCUGCAUUUGCUGGUUUUUCCUUCAUAAACCCCAAGAUGGAGCACCUUCUAGAAAAGUGAUUAUUUUUAACGUCCGUCUGACUCGGGAGACUCUCCUGUUGUUGAUGGAACGGUUCACUUACUCACAGAGAGAAGUGAGUUGUUCCUGAUUCAGUAUUUAUGUAACUUUACCUUGGGUACAUCUAGAAACAAGUCCUUGUACUGUAUAUAUUGAUGUUGUAUUUGUAUGCAUGCCUAUUAUUGUACAAGGCUUUGAUAGCCAGUAUGUGUAAUAAUAAAUAAUAUGGUGGGAUGUUAAAAAUCUUUACAUGUCACAUGACGUCACUGCAACCGUCUGCAGCCUUUUUGUUUCUUGUUUUACGUGCAGCUCAGUCCAACUGAUAGAAAAUCGUGAAGAGGGAAAACAUAAACUGUACUGUUUUUACUUCAGCUGUAGGUUGUGUUGCAUGUGUAUGUCUCCAAGGCCAAUAACACAUUUAUCAAAAUAUAGAAUAAUGAAUGUUAUCUUUCUAAAAUAUCUGAAUUCUUGUAUUUGAUUUGAUAAAUUAAACGAACAGUAUGAUCAUCAAAUUGAAUUCUAAGCAGCUGUACUUUGCUGUAUAUUUAGCACCUACAUGUAGAACGAACAGACCGAAUGUAGCUGUCUUUGCAGUUUUUAUUAAUGUUACAUGAGUAGGGUGUUACUAAAAUGCUGUAUAUAAACAUUGUAGAUGUAUAUUGUUCUUACAUGUAUAUUUGUUCAUUAGGAUGUACUUUUAUAUUGUCUCUCCAUAUUUUACAUCUGAUUUAAAAAAGACAACGCCCAAGCUUGUGCUGGAAUUUAUACAGUAUAUCUAAUAAUUUAAGAAUUAAAAGCUGAAAUUCUCAGAACUGUAAUAGAAAUAGUUUUAAAAUUCAAAUAAAUGAUGAAAGAUUUGUUAAACUAUCA